CGCACCAUUGUUUCUGAUUGAGAUGCUAGGUUCUUGAGCUACUUUUGGAAGACGUUGUGGAGCAAGCUUGGAACGAAGCUCUUGUUUUUGACUACUUGUCACCCUCAAACGGAUGGGAAAACUGAAGUGGUGAAUCGUACUCUAUCUCAAAUGCUUAGAGCCAUCAUAAAGACAUGAGGAUUGUCUACCUCACGUGGAGUUCGCUUACAAUAGAGCCAUGCAUUCGACAACGAAGUAUUCUCCAUUCGAGAUUGUGUAUGGGUUCAAUCCUCUUACCCCAUUGAUACCUUUACCUUUGAAGGAGCAAGUAAACAUGGAUGGAGCUAAGAAAGCGGAGUAUGUGAAGAAUCUCCAUGAGAAGGCUCGGCUAAAUAUUGAAAGAAGGACAGAGCAGAUCUUGAAAAAUGUCAACAAGCAUAGAAAGGCUCGAAAUUUUGAAGCAGGAGAUUGGGUGUGGGUGCAUAUGAGGAAGGAAAGGUUCCCACAUCAAAGGAGAUACAAGUUGCUGCCAAGAAGUGAAGGUCCCUUUCAAAUCAUUUCGAAGGUUGGAACGAAUGCGUACAAGCUUGAUCUACCAGGAGAAUACGACAUAAGUGCAACCUUCAACGUUUCUGAUCUUGCACCAUUUCUGGAUGAUAAUUCAAUUUGAGGGCAAAUCCUUUUCAAGAGGGAGGGACUGAUGACUUGAUAUAUACACAUGUUUUUAUCCACCAUUCCUGUACCGUUUGAGUCUCAUCUCUCGUGUUUUAGACCGAUUUCACGCUAGGUUGUUCUUGUUUGUGAUAUUUCAGGUCCUAGUACGUGAAAGAAGGUUUGGGCACGAGUUCGGGGUCGAUUGGACGAAGUUGGGGCAUUUGACGAAAAGCUGGAAAAGCCACACGGGCACGCCUAAAAACCCACACGGUCGUGUGACCUGGCCGUGUGGCACCAAAUUGCACGGGCAAGCCACGCUGGCCGUGUAGGGGACCCCUUGUGGUCGUGUGGAAAGUCCAGGGAGCUCACACCGGCAUGCCUAAAAUCCACACGGCCGUGUGGUUUUGGCCGUGUAGCGUACCUGAAGCCACUUAAGUGAAACGCAGCGUUUUGCACACUCACACGGGCACGCCCAAAAAGCCACACGGCCGUGUGGUCGGGAAUUUAUGGGUUUUAACCCAAAUUCGAGCCAAAGGAGGGGGAUCGACUUUUUGGAGCAAAAACAGAGCCCUAGAGAGAGAAAGUGCGAAGAACACCCCCUAAGAGUGGUUUUGGAGCUGGAUUUCAUCAAUCAAGCUUGGAAAUCAUCCUUGGAGUGAAGAUCAUCAUCCUAGAGCAGAUUCUUCCCAUCUUGAUGAGUAUGACUGCUUUGUUUGCUAUUUUCCUCUCUCUCUCCCUCUCUCUCUCUCUCUCUCUCUAUGGAGUAGAACUCUCUCUCACUUGGGUAUGAAGAACCCUAGUUCCAUGUGUUAGGAAUCUUGAUUGUAAUUACGUUUGGAUUGUGAUAUUGCUUGAUUAUAAUCGAUUGAAGUGUUUUGAAUGAGUCAAUUGAAGUCUGAUAAUCUUUUAUUGAUUUCUGCUGCAACCUGAGAUAGAUAGAAUCUGAUUAGGUUGUUAGAGCUUCUUCAAUCAGUAGUAGUGAAUCGAUUAUACGAGAGUUAGUCGAUUCACUGCUUUGUACUGGAAUCUAAUUCCAGUAGUGGAGUUUUGUGUUCAUUGCCUCGGCGUUCUAUUCCUGUGAAGACUAGUCGUCUGCCGGGUAGUUUGACUGAGAGGGCUUGGUCAGCUUAAGAGAUUCCAAGCCACUGUCGGAUCUUCCGCAGUAUAAUCAGCAGUAAAACAACCAAAAGUAAUUACAACUGUGACCUAACUAAGGAGCUAUGGGGACUCAUUCCCGAGUGACUCUUCCUUUGCUUUAGAAAACCGAAUCUUUUCCUGCUUUCUUACUGCUUUUAGUUAAAACCACAAUCAAUCGACUUAGUUGGCUAGAUAAUAGAUAUUCAUGGAGUAC